CGGUCACGUGAUAAUCGGAUAAUAUUCAAAGAUGGCCGACUCAGAAACUCAGAGUGCUAGACAGUGUCCAGAUACUGGCCAGACUGUCCCAGAAUCCUCUGAUGAGACUGAAGUUUCAUCUGCCUCAGGGGGAGCAACCAACGGAAGUUCAAACGACCCUCCGGCAUAUGAUUCUUACCAAGCCAUUAAACCUGCCAAGUUUGUGCCUACAAUAAAUGCUCCCAGUAUGAAUCCAUUUGCUGCACGGCCAACAUUGAAGUCGGAUGUCGUAUCAACCUCUGGUACAUAUACGGGUGCUCCGAAUCCUCCGAAGUUUGUUCUCCGCCCAUCAGCGCUCUCUGCUCAUCCAUUAAAUAAUAAAAAUGAUGUAUGUGGAGCUGAAACUGGAAGUGCACCUCCUUUAUUAAAGCCAGCCAAACUACCUGAUCCAACAAAAGGUCUCACAAAAGAAAGUGAAGUUACAGAAAAAGAGAACAAAGAUUCAGGUACAAUAUUUGGGGCAUCAUCAUCUGUAUUCAAAGAUUCAGCACCCCCUGAUAGUGGUGGGGAAAACCUUUUUCAGGCUGCUUUACAAGAACAGGCAGAAAAAAAAUUACCAGACAGUAGUUGUAGUCCAAGUAAAAGUAACAGUGCAUCUUCAUCAGGAGAGGGAGAAAAUAUCCUCGGACAAAAUCUCACAGAAAAAGUUACUGGUGUACACACCUCCCCGAAAGGUCUAGUCAGUAGCUCAGGUUUUGUUUUUGGGGAGAAUUUGGCCGAACGUGUGCAAUUUAAUCAAGAUGGUCACGAAGACAAACCGGAAGACAAUGGAGUUGCUUCCCCUGAUUCAACGGAGCAGUCAGACAGUGCAAAUAAUAUUGAGAGAGAAAAAACAUUAGAAGAGUCUGCACGUGAAUAUCAGGCCACCCAUAAACGGGAAACAGAGCUUGAGGAGGUGGAAGUGGUCACUGGGGAAGAAAACGAAUCCAAUGUUUUACAGACAAAUGGGAAAUUAUUUGUAUUUGAUGGUGACACACAGAACUGGAUAGAGCGUGGGCGUGGCUUGUUGAGAUUAAAUGACAUGAGAUGUGAAUCCUCACAGACCUUUCAAUCAAGAUUAUUAAUGCGCACUCAAGGAAGUUUACGUUUAAUUCUAAACACUAAGAUAUGGCCAGGUAUGACAGUUGAGCGAGCAAGUCAAAAAAGUGUACGAGUCACGGGUACCGAUGGAGAUCAUGUUAAAGUCUUUCUAAUAAUAUCAAAUCCCAAAGAUUCAGAAAAUUUGUUAAGAGCUUUAGAUUGGCGUGUACAGCAGUUGCGUGUUCAAGAAGAAAAGUUGAAAGAAAGUGGAGAAGUCUCAGGGAAAAGAAAAGCUGAACCCGAGUCUCCCACUGAGGAGUUUGCUGUGAAGAAAACAAAAAAAUCCGAUGACGAGGCUCAAGCAAGCUAUAAGAGGGAAGAGUCAGAUAGUAGUGUCGUAGAUCCCGAGACCGAAGUAUCGUCAGAAAGCCAUGCAUCGUCCUUCACUCUGAGGACAGAUUCAGAUUGAGAACAACUAGCGGCAUAGGGAAAAUAACUACAGGAUAGAGUAGCAGUAUUUAUUGUUGACAAACAGUGCCACUGUAUAUUAGACUGUACAGUGAUAACUUUAUAUGUUAACUGGUGUAAACUUGACAGGGUCUGUAUUGCAUUCAUGUUCGAUAUUCCCUCCUUUAGAUCUUUUGGUAGGAAAUCUUGUGACGUCUGGAAGCGACUUUUGUUGGGAACUUUAUGAGAAGUAUACAAACUAAUAAGAUCUUGAUGGUAUAUGGCCGUUAGUAAAUCUGGAUUUAUUUUCAAACAAGUCGAGGAAUAAAAGAAAGAUAUUUGACAGAUUUGAGACGUUAUUCUGUAUUUUAAAUGGAUUAGGUUAUGUCAAGUUUUUAACGGAUAUACUUGAAUGUUUGCUUUCUAUCUAAUAUUAUUUUGUCUGGUGUUGUAAAAGUGAAGAUCUCAAAGGUUCAAUUGUUUUUACUCAUGGUGGAAACAAAUAUUUUUUUAGGAGAAAAAAAUGUUUUUUUUAUAAUAUACAUGCAUUUAUAUUGUCAUCCCCCUCCAAGUAUUAUAGAAAGCUCAGCUAUGUACACAUUUUAAGUCCAUCAACAGUUGUGCUGCAGAAAUAUCACCCACAGCUCUGUUCUUAAGACGCUAUAUGCUUAUGGGGAAAUGUCAUUAUAGGGAAAUGUCAUGAGGGUUUAUCUGUAGGAGGUUAAGUUUGUGUUCCAACUGAGUAACUUGAGAUAAAAUACUAGAUAAAGGCUUUUUAAAAAUGUAUAAGAUUUCAUUCAAAGAUUGUAGACAAUAUUUUGGAUAUUAAACAAAUGUUUCUGUGAAGAUGAUUGGGUAACAAUUUUGCUUGUGGGUCUUCAAUUUUUUUCUGGGUGUUGUGUUGUUUUUUUAAAAGAUACUAGUGAUUAAUGAUAUGGCUUAAACUGGGAACAUAUCAUUGAUGUGAAGAGGCCCUCCGUGCAGAGUGGUUAAAGUUGCUGACAUCAAUGAUCAAAUCACUUGCCACUCACUGUAGGUUAGAAUCCCGCCUUGGAUUAGCUUAUAGAAGGUUGAUGGUUCUACUUAGGUGCUUACGGCAAAAAUAAUGUAUAGAGCAGCACCCCCUGAGUCUUUUGCCACCAGUAAAGCUGAAAAGUCUCCAUAUUACCUUCACAGUGUUGAUGCUGAACAAAAAAGGUAUUAAUCCAUGCAUGUGGUACGAUUGGCCUUUUAUUUAAUACCUCGGGAUACAUGUAUAUCCCACUUAAUUUGAUGUCUGUAGGUUUCAUCAAUGUUUAGGUCAAUACCACAUUUUCUGUUGACAAAAGAAAUGUGUGGUGAAAAUAGACUUAGACCCUCAAGAUUAUGUAGAUAACGUUAGAGACCCAAUAAUUGUAAAAAAAGAUAUAUCAAUUUUUAGCAAAGCAAUGCAAGAGAAUAUUAACAAUUUGCAAGAGUAUGAAUCAUGCUGAGUAAGCCCCAAGAAGACUUGCAUGCAUAUCUUGUAAAUUUUAUUUUGAAAAAAUAUUGUAAUGAGAUUUUCAGUAAGUACUGGAUUCUAAGUUUUCUAGAUUGUGCAAGAUAAUUUGUUUCAUGAAUAUUUUAUUCAUGUCAGUGACUAGUGUAAAAUAUUUUGUUUCAUGAAUAUAUUUUGUUUUAUGAAUACUUUAUUCAUGUCAAUGACUAGUGCAAGAAACAUGUAUUUUGUUUCAUGAAUAUUUUAUUCAUGUUGGUGACAAAUAUUAUUUGAGUUUUUGUUGUGCUUCAAGGCUAAAAAUGUGCUGUAUUGAUGCAAGAUGUACGAAAGCUGUAAGAAUGUUUUUAUGAUAAAUGCUAGAUAGAAAUAAUAACAAUUAUAUAAUUAUUAAGUUUACUUAAGUCAAUGAAAUCUUGCUUUCUAAUAAAUCAUAAAUUUUAUGACCUACCUGAACGUUUUAUGCUUUCGGACAAAAAUAAAGGGGAGCAUAUAUAUAGACCGAUUUGUUUCCGUCACACUGUUAAGCCUAGUAAUGGUUCUUUCAUUUGUUGACAGUUGUCUUGCACAUUAUGUUUGAUGGUAGUUUCCAGGGACCUAUACCAAUCUCUUUGGGAUUGAUGCCAAGGGGUUAAAGUUCAAGGUUACUUAUUGUAGGUAAAUAUAGAGUUUUUUCUUACUUUUACACAGAAUUUGGACUGAUACCUUAAGAUUAUGUAUGUAUGAGUAGUUUACAUAGCUUAGCUAGUACCCUAUUUUGAGGUGGGUGGGUUUAUGCUAUGGGGGACAUCAAUAGGUUCAAGGUUACUGUUGCUAAAAAUAGAGAUUUUUCUUACUUUUGCUCAAAUUUUGAACUGAUAUGCUAGGUAUUAUGUAUGUACAUGUAGUUGCAAAGCUUGGCUAGUAACUUUAAUGGAGGUGGGUGGGGUAAUUCUAUAGAGUCCCGACAGGUCACUGAAGACAACAAUCUAUUUUUGUACUUUCCUUCAUAGCUUGGAAAUGUUUUUACUUGUUCUAAAUCAGUGUGAAGUAUCAUAGAUCUCUCUAGAGGCACAUAUUUUUUACUCAAAAGAAAAAUUUUAUCGUUUUGGUGGUAGGACCAGAAACAAACAUUUUUUAUUACUUGAUGAAUACUAUGUAUCUAUGAAGAUCUGAAUUGUUGUGCUAUUAUAUCAUAUUGUUUUAUUUAGGGGGUUUGUUGUCAGUUUUUAUAAAAUUGGGCAAUGUUUCCUUGUAGAAGAUUAUUGCAUUGAAUUAAAUUGUCAUGAAACCCAAUCAUAUAGUUAAAAUUAUGACAUUAAUUGAAAUUUAUUUAGUUUGUGCAGGUCGUUACAUUUUGGAAAUGAAGACCAGUCCUUACCUCCUGAUUCUGAUUGGUUGAUUCUGACUAUAUGUUUAAAACCAACCAAUGGUAGCAUUUCAUUUUUUCAGACUGGUUUAAAGUUUUAAAUGUUAGCAAUAACAAGGCAUAGAAUUUAAUAAAUUCACGGAAAACCAGUUUAUCACCAGUUUGGUUUAUUUUUUUAAGUUUAUUUUCUUUUGGUUUCAGUUCUACACUGAACCUUCCUUUUCUGAGGUGUACAAAUAGUUGAUGUGUUUGUUCAUAUAUAAAUAUAUCUGGUUUGUGUUACUGAAAAUAGUAUCAUACCAGAAAAAAUUUCUUGAAAAUUUGUAUAUUACUGUACUUGCCGGGGACCAUCAACCGGACACUUUUUGAACAUUUUUCCAUAUAGAUUUCAUAAUUUUAAAGCUUAAGAUCUGAAAACUUGACACAGUAAAGCUAGGUUCCUCCCCUAUUUCUGAUUUUAUUGACACAUCUGAGACCUGUCGAGGAGGGUAUCAAAAUUACCAUUAUUGUCCUGUGUCCAGACAGAUAUAUAAAUGAUGUUGAUUUAAUCCAAGUUUUAGUUGAAUUGUUUUUAUUUUUAACACGAUAAUCAAUAUUUCAGCAGCAAAUGCUGAAGUUUUUGAUAUUCUAUUGUUUAUUCUGCAAAUGAUUAUAGCUAGUAUAAUAAACAGGUCUGGUAUUGCUCUUUUGACGUCCAAAUUUGCAAUGUCAAUGUUUUUUUUAAAUAGACAUUAAAAUAUUAACGUUAAUGAAAGUUGUAAUAAAUUGAAUUACUUAAUUAUAGAAGAAACAUGCAUUUAUUAAUGAUAAAAAUGCAAAUGACUGACAACCACUGUACAAAGAAAAAAAACCUAAAUCGGGCAUUUUCUGUGCUGCUGUUGUUUGAUGGUUGUCCGGUUUUGGUGGUCCCCCAACUAGUUUAUAAUUUUACGAAGAAAACGGACUGACACUUAAGUGUGAUGUGCAUAAUUGAUUUGUUGUAAUGAAUUAAAAUAACUUAAAAAUUACGUCUGCAUUUGCUAAAUAUUUUGUUUGAGCACAGCAUAUGUGCGAUCUAUUAUUUUAAUGCCUAUUGUUUUAUCAUGUUUUUGAACAAUAGUGUUCAUAUCAUGUUAUAGUGAUUCCUUAUUAUAAUGAUUCUUUUAUGUUUCGCUCAUUCAUUGUAAUGCCAUGUGGAUUUCAUAUGUAAGAAAAACAUAAUAAAUGUUGAAAGAGAAAUGACUAAAAAAA